AUGCCCUUGUCUGUCAUGUCGGUGUUGGGCGACUCUCCAAUAAUCCAUUCGCGCCAGCACCAUGACGCCCAGCCUUCGCCGCCGCGCCGAUCGCUCCGCAAGGCCAUCUCCAUCCCCACCGUGUCGUCGCUCGUGCGGGACUCAUGGUCCUGGGCCGGAGACACUCUGCACACUUAUCGUGAUGGCCUCUCCCGAGAGCAGCGACAACACAAGACCGAGGUGGAGGAUCGCAAGCAAGUUCUCUACCUGAAGAUGAAGCAUGCCGUGUCGUACGAGGAAUGGAGUACUUGUGCCAACGAACUGGAUGUGCUGGAAGACAAUAACGCCUGGAAGCAGACACUCGAGUGCACCGAAUACCAACCUCGGCUGGUCCAGGAACGGCUGCGACAGCUGGAGGAGGCUCGCAUUAGCUGCGAUGUGAGCCGGAUGCUGUUCCUCGUGCGCACGGCGCUGAGUCGAGACUUGGGGAAUAUGAGCCAUGCAUCGCUCUACCGGCAUACCCAUAUCGGGACGAAGGACCUGAUCGACCGAUAUAUCACCGCCGCCUUGGAGACGAUCUCGACCCUGGUGGACUUGUCGGUGCACAAUCGCUGCGAUGGGCUGGAGCUGAAAUAUAUCUUGGAUCAACUGCUGGCAGCUCGUCAGGCCUUCGGGCGGAGUGCGCUGCUUUUUUCCGGAGGUGCCACCUUUGGGAUGAACCAUAUUGGCGUUCUUAAGGCUCUCUAUGAGUCAAAACUGAUCCCCCGCAUCAUCUCCGGUGCUUCAGCAGGCAGUAUCGUGUGCGCUGUCUUUUGUACCCGAACCGAUGACGAAUUACCAGCGCUUCUGGAAACCUACGCGCACGGAAACAUGGCGGUUUUUAAUGAGCAUGGGCGCGAGGAAAACAUCUUCCAGAAGACGGCACGAUUCUUAAAAGUUGGAUCGUUCUUGGAUAUUUCCCACCUGGCGAAUACGAUGCGGGCCUGGUUGGGCGACAUGACCUUCCAGGAGGCGUACAACCGGACGCGUCGAAUUCUCAACAUCUGCGUGUCGAGUGCCGGCAUGUACGAACUGCCCAGGCUGCUGAACUACAUUUCUGCACCCAACGUGCUGAUUUGGUCCGCUGUAGCCGUGUCAUGCUCCGUGCCGUUGGUAUUUCGGCCUUACACAUUGAUGGCCAAGGAUCCCUUGACAGGCAAGCCGGUCCCGUGGAAUGACCUCCACAAGCAGUACAUUGACGGGUCCGUGGACGGAGACUUGCCCAUGACCCGGCUUUCGGAGAUGUUCAACGUCAACCAUUUCAUUGUGUCUCAAGUCAACCCACACAUCGUGCCAUUUCUCCCCAAAGAGGGUGGACCUAUGAAUCCAGCAGAAGAGGCACACUCUGCCAUUCCUCGCCUGGUCAACACGAUGACACACCUUGCCAAGGACGAAGUGCUGCACCGCAUGUCCGUCCUUUCAGAACUUGGAAUUUUCCCUAACUCGUUGACCAAGUUUUCAUCGAUUAUGAAACAGAAAUACAUUGGUGACAUCAACAUCUACCCUGAACUGAUAUCGUCCAAUUUCCCGCGUCUUCUGGAGAAUCCGACAACGGAGUUCAUGCUUCAAGCCUGUCUCAGCGGAGAACGCGCGACUUGGCCUCGGCUGAGCCGAAUUCGGAAUCACUGUGCCAUUGAGCUCGCAUUGGAUAGCGCCAUUCAGCAGAUGCGGGCCCGCGUGGCUUUCAGUCCCAGUCAGAUCGACCUGCGCAUUCAAAGCUCACUUCGUCACCCGGCCGAUUCACCAGACAGUAGUGCCGGACGAGGACGCAUCCGCGCACGACGCCGAGGAUCGCACAGUCAUGAACUGGAGCGGACACGCCCCCCGAGAGGCCAAUCACGCGGUCGUCCUACCAAUGGACUGAAGAAGGCCCGCAGCACAGUGUCAUUGGAAGAGCCUCCACGCUGGCUUCCGAACGAUCCAACCUUUUGGCCCGCCUUACCGAAGGCCCCCCCGUCGAUCAUCGGCGUCGAUGGCUAG